AAUUACUAUUUAUGGAAUAAUGACAGAGAGAUUCGAAGUAGCAGAAACCGAAAGUUACACGCACACUUUUCAUACAACGUUCACCUCGACCAUGGCCAUAGCGAAGGAGUAACUUGUAAGGUAAGACUGCCGUUGAUGAUUGAACACAAAAUGAGAAAUUAACUUGUCAAAAGCGGAACAAUGAAAAAUACGUCAUUAUAUCAUGGUGCGACUAGUAAAUCCACUGUGUAAAAUUUGUUCACUUUUUUCGUUUACUAUCACAUUAUUCACUCCCGCGUGCUCUUUCCGAAUCUUUCACCGAGACGGUUGUGUCCGGUUUCAUCUGUAGCGACCUGGGAAUACCAUGUUGGUAAAAUCUAUCCGUACAGUCACAGUCACUGCUGGAUUGAAAUUCGUAUGGGUUCACGUUGUUACAAUAGUAACAAGAAGAUCAAUAAUUAGAACUACAGUCGAACCUCGAUUAUCCGGACCUCGAUGAUUAUCCGGACUUUUUCUCUGGUCCCAAUUUUAUCACGAACAUUUAUUAGUCAUGAUCAAGAUCCGUAGCCAUUUUCUAUUUAAAACUAUAGCAUUGAAUAGUGAGGUAAAGGCGAGUUUGUUUCGCUUUCAAAAAUGAAAAGCAGUGCUCGUAUGCGUGGAGUAUCUGUGGCCUAUGAUCAGUGGUAGUGCAUCAGAGCGCGGAAUCCGAAGGUCUGAGGUUUGAUUCCUCCUGGGGACUCAGAAUUUUUUCGUGCCCGUGACAAGACAAAAAACAUCUUUCUCUAUUUCUUUACCAAGCUCAAAACUUACCAUCUCUAUAAUUCUAUUCACGAACUUGACACUAUCGACAUUGCUGAUUCUAGCAGUAUGCAGGACUCGUUUGACAUGAACUUUGUAAUAGGACUCGCUCACCCUGGAGUCUCUGUGGUUCAGUGGUAGAGCAUCAGAGGUCUGAGGUUCAUGUCCUCAUGGGGACUCAGAAUUUUUUCUUUGUCCCACACCUGUGACAAGACGAAAAAACAUCUUUCUCUAUUUCUUUACUGAGGUCAAAACUUAUCAUCUCUCUUCUAUUAUUUACAAACAUGAUGCCAUCAACAUUGUGGGUCUUAGUAGCAUGCAGGAUGCGUUUCAUAUGAACAUUGUAAUAGACAUUGCAUACCUUGGAGUCUCUGUGGUUCAGUGGUAGGGCAUUGGAGGUCCUCAUGGGAACUCAGAAUUUUUCUUUGUCCCAUGCUCAUGAUAAGACAAAAAGCAUCUUUAACAGCAAUAAUUAGUAAGAUACUGAAACCAUGAGUCUGUCACAAGAAAAAUAUAUUCACCUUGAAAAAGAUCAAAUUAUAAGUGCAUGUACUCACACAUCACCAAACAUUACAAGUAAUGUGAACCACCCAACCAGACACACAUAGGAUUGGUGUGACUAAGGGGGCUUUUCCCAAUAACCUUCAAAAUCGUGCUAAACAAGAAAAGAAUUUAAAUAAAAAAAGACAUACAGACUGUAAUAAAACCCAAAACAACAAAUUGAAACCAUUGAGAUGAGGGAAACCAGUGAAGCAACUGAAAUAGAAAAAUUACAGAAGCUAGAAAAAUGACCCAACCUAGGCCACCCAGUGGGUGUGAAAGAUAGAAUACAUCAAGGAAAAUGGAGAUUUCACCUUAGACAUCUCUCUUAUUUAAUAUCUUGCUAAUCCCCAAUUUGACUAAAGCAGAUAGAAAAAGAAGAGAGAGAAAUCUAGCUAGAAAACAGUAUUCUUGCAGCCAAAGCUUAUCUACCCUCAGAACUGAUGCUCCAAAUUACCCUCUUUUCAAAACAACAGUAACACCAACCAACACAAACAUGAUCAUGGCUUUCACAUAACAAACACACUUGUUAAAAAACUGGGUGGGGUGGGUAUUCCGCUUUUCAUGUACUUUCUUUCAUGCUGAAACACAACAAAAUUAGAAAUGGAUGCCACGUUUAUUCAACACAUCCCAAGGCAUGCUAGGUCAAGCUAUUAUGAAUGCAUCAUGUAGUCCUGAUACUGAAGACAGUUGUCUGCACUAGACUGCUUGGACUCUUAAUACUUUGUUUGUGAUUUUACCAUUUAGCUACAAGAAGUGAUUAACAUGUAACUUCUUCCUUUAAAAUCCAAACAUCUAACACGAAGGUAAUAAGAAUGCCUUGACUUAUUCAAAUUUCAUGGCUAAUUUACAAGGAAAUGUGCAACAGUUAGAGGGGAGAAUUAACAAUUAGACCCUAGGAGUUAAAAGGUUAAAAAGCAUGACCAAAAUAUCUGUUGUUUACCCAUGUAAAUACAUAUAUACAAUACAUAAAUUUUUUUAAAAAGCUUACAAAUCAAAGUAUCUGUGAUUAAGAAAAGAAAUGUAACUUCUCACAAUAUACAAGCUUUCCUUUUGUUCUCACACAUGGGAUUAUAACUUCAUAAAACCUUGGGACAUGUAGUCUACUGUUUAAUUAUUUCAUUUACUGCUCUACAUGAGUGCUAGAUUCAUUUAACAGUCAUUUCCUCUGCUAUAAAAUUUUUAAUCUGUUUUAAAAUUGUUUAAUAUCAGUUUUAGAUUAGAUCUGAGACUAAUCAAAUCAAAUUUAAAUUGGUUUGAAAAUUUUUAAGUUGGAUACAACCCCAAUAUAUAUCUGUUUUGAUGAACUCAGGAUCACUCUUCUUAAGUAACUCAUUUUAGAGACAAGUUGCUUCAGUUUUGACAUAUGAACUUAAUUGUUUCAAAAACAUUACUGCAUUUGGACUUCUGAGCUUUUCCUUGAGAAAGAGAGAUCCAUGUUAGAAUGGUUAAGGUACUUCAAACAAAUAAUUGAGAUUGAGCCUUGAAAUUUACACAAGUUUUACAUUCAAAUUUCUAGUCAGCAGAAAGUCCGAAAAUGUCUGAGGUUGAUAGAGAUGCUGCCACAAAGGAAGAUGGGGAUUUUACCAACAGCACAGUGGACAGAGAGGGUAUCACAGUGGAUGCUGAAUUCUCCAAUAAUGGUAACUGAGCAUGGCCACAAUUAAUAAGCAAUUUGAUGUCAACACUUGCAGCUUUGUGGGUGGCAAAACAGACUUUGCAGGAGAAGGAGCCAUUGAAGGGUUCAAAUUAUUGCAUAGUUGUUGUUGGUUUUGCCAAGUGUGCUUGAGCUCUGGCUUUUAGUAACUCUUAGGACUGGCUCCCUAGACUUAGAAUGACCCAAGGAGGGUGAUUAUACACUGAAUAAACUUUGCUGUGUUGUCCUCUACAAACUUCCCUGAAUUUUAAGAUUUACCUGCUCAUAUUUUGGGGAAGGAAAGCACAGGGUCCAGGUAUUUACAAUUUUUCAUCCUUUCUUGGAUUGCAUAUGAAUGUCUUAUUAACCUGUUAGAAAAAAUUUGAAGCAGUGUAUUGUUUUACCUCUGAAGCUACUUCUCAGUGCUAGAUGUAAACUAAACUAGUGAACCAUACAUCUCUCUAUUUACUGUUACUUUGCAAUUAACUGACAUCUACUUUUUGUAGAUUUAAUUGACAGGGAGCAGGAAACCGUGUCUAGUCCACCAAGAAUAAUAUUCAGUAUCACUGAACCUACAACAAAGAACACUCCACUGCUUAAAGGAAUACCAAAAGAACCCAUACAGCAGUCCUCUGACCAGCAUGUAUUGUUUGGGCGUGGCCAUUCUGCAAGGGUAUUUUUGAAUGAUGACACAGUGUCAAGGGAACACAUGAAGCUUUCACUGCAAACAAACCCUUACACGGGUGAAAGUCAUUUUGUUGUAGAAACUGUCAGUGAAACAAAGCCAGUUUAUAUAAACGGAGCGCCAUUGCUCAAGCAGGGUGGCAUCAAAGUUCUGAAAACCAAUGACAAACUUGGCAUUGGUAAGCUGGUAUUUACCCUUCAAACCAUGCCUGGGGAUUCACUUGAGUUUUACGAAGUUGAAUUCAUGACGAGCACUUCACUUUCUCAUCAACAUUAUCAGCAACAGACAAACAAUUCCAUUCUUUAUGCACCACCAACAGGGGCAUUUAAAUCCGAACCAAUUAUUGUGGCCAACCAGCUUGGUGCCGUUUUUCUACCAAAUAACUUUGGAACACCUUCAGGGAAUCCAACAUUUAAUAUGAACGUUAUGAGUAAUGGAGGAGGAUUCCCACAACUUGGCUCCAUGAUUGGUCCUCAGCAGCAACAGCUUCUCCAACAGCAACCUAUGGCAUAUUCACCCUUUCCAAGUAAAAUCGGAAUGAGCCAGCACCCUGUUCAACAGCAGACAACAAACAUUGCCUUUCCGCAUUCUCAGUUACCAGACUCAAAACAUCCCGUAACACAAAGCUCCCUCUUGUCUCAUCAGAUACCAUUCGUUGAUAGAAGGCUUAUGCACCAAAGUACCAACGGACACCCGAUUGAGCACAGUGACGAAAAUGGCCACAGCAAUAUAUACCUUGUUCCAGUGCAAGAGACUGAUCUUUCAAAAGGUCAUGUUAAAUAACUAUAUAGUGACUAUAUACAUGAAGUGAAGUAAUAUAUGAUUAGCAAAAGGCAGGUUAUGAUUUUCUUUCAUGAGCGUUAUAUGUUGCAACUUCUUAGCCUUACUUUGACCUUCAAGAAAUAAUUACAGUUUCCAUUUGGAGAAAUUUGUGACAUCAGCAACUUCUCUUGGAAUGAGUCAAAUUGGAUAAACUUACCUACAGCUCGGUUCAUUACAGUAAGUGAAAUAACUAGUCACCAGGUUGUCAAUGUUUGACGACAGUAAUAC